GCCUGCUUUUUUCAUCUCAUCUUCCGCACAAGUGCCAUCCUCCUCUACCUCUUUUGUGAGGUAUUCAGCCGAGGGUUCAUUGUCAUCAGCAUGGUCACUAUUGUUGUACUUUUGUCAUGUGAUUUCUGGACAGUGAAGAACGUGACAGGGCGGAUGCUGGUGGGUUUGAGGUGGUGUAAUCGGAUUCAAGCAGAUGGACUCGGUCACUGGAUCUUUGAAUCCAGACCUGACACCAACAGAAAUGUUGUGUCAAACUCGGAGUCACAGAUUUUCUGGCUUGGUUUAACUGUGUCUCCACUCUUUUGGGUUUUCUUCGUGUUUAGUUGUCUCUUUGCCUUCAACAUUAAGUGGUUGGUGCUUGUGCUCUUGGGAUCUGUCCUGCAGUUGGCUAACUUGUAUGCGUUUGUGCGAUGCAAAGUGGGUGGUGGAAGUAAACUAAAGGAAAUGGCAACCAAUUACUUUGGCCUUAAGCUCUUAAAAAAGACUGAAGUAAACAAGAGGAGCUAUGAUGGGACAGAAGUGUUGUGUUAUAAUUAGCACCAUCGAGCCGGACUUUGCCAAUCUAGUAAUUGUUUUUGAUCCUUGUCUUUCUUUGUCAUAC